CUUUGUCCUUCGCGUCGCUACUGCUGAGCUCCAUCGCCACAGCUUGCAGCUCCGCGUCCAUGGCUCUUCCCUCCUGGCGCUUUCGCCGACCGCCUCCUGAUCCUACUCUUGCGGUAUUGCACGGCGUAGUCGCCACUUUGGAAUCCUCUUGGAACUCUCUAGUGUGAUUUGUGGUGCUUUCUUGCGCUCGCGUGUGUUGAUUUUAGGGUCGUUGAGUUGCUUUGAAUUGAAGCAGAGGCGAGAAAUAGUGACUGGCAUGGAACAUGUACGAGUGCGAAAUCUGUAAGGUUUAUUUUUAUUCUUAUUUUUAGGUUCACGCUCUCUUUGCGCAAGCCAAGAGGUGAGUAUCUGACUCGAUUUCUGCAUUGUUGUUGUGAGACUGUCUUUGCUGGACCAUUCUUUCUUGCAUACUAACUCAGGUAUGCUUAGCUUCGACCGAGAUUUAGAUGGAGACGUUUUGAUCAAAGUGGAUACAUAUUGGAGCAUCUGAACUUACACGAUCGUAGGUGAUUUGAAACAGCGUUUCUAAACGGAUUAGAAGGAGCUGGCACUCCUCUUUAAGUUUUAUCAUUUAAAAAUUUAAGUGCUCCUCUACCCCUUAAAUUUAAAUUUAUGAGAUUUGGGGGCUAAUGAAAAUCAUUGAAAGGUUACUUAACUCUGGGAUCUGGUGAAGCUUAGCGAGUGAAGGUCACCAGGUUGGAUGCUUCUUUCAACCUUGUGAAGUCUAGGUCCGAUUCGACUCUUCUGAAAGGAUUUGGUAGGGCAGAAAUGGCUCCUUCCACGCAGAGAGUAGGAAAUUUCGAGAAGCAGGGCGAGAAUGGGAAGCAAGAAGAAGCAGGUCCUGCCAGUGAUCGUCUGGGAUCGCCAAUUCCUCCCCUACGAGUCGAAUUAUCGGGUGAUGACAUUCGAGAAACAGCUUACGAAAUCCUGGUUGCAGUAUGUGGAAGUAGCCCUAUUAGCUUCAGGAACACGAGUAUAAAAUUCGAUGCUAAACCAAAUAUCAACAAGUCACUUACCUCUUCUGCUGCUAGUCAAAUGAAGAGGGCACUCGGAUUGCACUCCUCUGGUGGUUCUGGCGAUAUGCAACGCUUGUCUUCUUUUAAAUCUAAAAAGAAUCCCACUAUUACGGAUGUUUUGAGGGCGCAGAUGCGGAUCUCUGAGCAAAGUGAAACGAGGAUACGGAAAGCUUUAUCCCGAGCAACCGCUGGACAGGCUAGCAAACGGAAUGGUUUGAUAAUUGUACCUUUGGAGCUCCUUCAAAAUAUUGGUCCAUCAGCCUUUGCAGAUGAGAAAGAAUAUGUGAGUUGGUUAAGGCGCCAGCUGAGAGUAUUAGAAGCCGGUCUUCUUGUUCACCCUCUAGUACCAGGAGAUGAGGGAAUGGAUGCGCGACGGCUAAAGCAAGCUUUACAGGAUAUGGUUGAUGGACACAGGACUGUAGAGAAAGCGAAAAGCAACGAGAUCAUGCAAAUGCUCCGUAGUGCAGCCAUGGGUAGGGCAACUCGAGCACAUAAUGGUCAACAUGGGGAUUUUCUACACUGGGCUGAUGGAUAUCCUCUGAAUGCACAUAUAUAUGUUGCUUUACUUUCUGCAUGCUUUGACACGCUCGAGGAGGUCGAGGUGAUAGCAGAGAUGGAAGAAGUUCUUGAGAUGAUCAAGAAGACAUGGGAUGUGUUGGGAAUUGACCAGACAUUGCAUGACACACUCUUUGCAUGGGUUUUAUACCGGCAGUUUGUUGUCUCUGGUCAAUCUGCAGUGAAUCUCCUCCAGCUUUCUGAACGUCAACUAGAUCAGGUGGGAAAAGAUGUCAAAGGGAACCUGAUAGCCGAUCAGGUGCCGUUAUUAAAAUCGGUACUGAGCACUAUGCAAUUUUGGGCGGAGAGAAGGCUCUUAGCGUAUCAUGAUUCCUUUCCUGGAGGGGCUAGUGAUAUUAUGGCAGGGUUAUUGGCAGUAGCAGUCGGCUGUGCACAAAUAUUGCAGGAGCACGUGUCACGUGAGUUCAAGGGCCGUGGAAGGGAGGUAGUCAAUGUUCCGCUAAGCCGCGUUGAUGUUUAUGUUCGUUCUUCUGUGAGAACAGCCUUUGCUCAGUUGAUGGAAACAGUGGAUUCCAGACGGAAAGCAUUCAAGGGCUCUGGGUCGCUUCCGCCAGCCCUAGCAGUUUUAGCACAGGAUACAAUGGUACUUGCCAUCAGCGAGGUAGAUAAUUUUAGUCCCGUGUUGAAGAGAUGGCAUCCUUAUGCGGGUGGUGUAGCAGCAGCCACCCUUCAUAGUUGUUACAGUCGAGAAUUUAAGCAAUAUUUAUCGAAUAUGUUUGGUAUGACUGUUGAUACAGUAGCAAUACUAAAAGCUGCCGAUGAGCUUGAGAAACGGCUUGUCGGGAUUGCUGUCGAAGAUGCGGCUGAAUGUGACGAUGGAGGAAAGAGCCUCAUUCGAGAAAUGCCACCUUAUGAGGCUGAUCAAGCCAUGGGAGAGUUGACAAGAAGGUGGGUGGAGGACAACGUGGAAAAAACUACAGAGUGGAUAGAUCGCAACGUUCAACAAGAGAAAUGGAGUCCUGCAGCCAACAAAGAGAACUAUGCUCCAUCAGCCGUUGAAGUGUUGCGCAUUGUGGAGGAGUCACUGGAUACUUUCUUCGAAAUGCCUGCGGAGCAGUAUCCUGAGCUGCUCCAAGAGUUGGCAUCUGGCUUGGAUAAGGCGUUACAUCACUACAUAGUUCAAACAGUGAAAUCUUGUGGAUCUAAAGACGCUUAUAUUCCUCCAAUGCCUCCGCUUACACGGUGUAAGGUUAGUAAGUCAUGGUUAGGUUCCCACAAGAGCAAAGGGAAGUCAGAGGCGUAUCGAAACCCUCGGAAAUCUUCUAUUGUAAGUGAUACAGAGAGUCUGGCCAAUACAUGUGUGCGUAUCAACACAAUUGAGCAUAUAAACACGCAACUUCAAUCUUUGGAGAAGAAGAUUCGAAAUGGUUGGAUGAAAGAGGAGCCUAUUCCUCCUAAAUCUGGUCGAAUUUUUGGCAAGAAAACACCUGUCCCUCCACCAGCAACCGAGAGAACUGUUGAUAUUUCGCUUACAUUUCAAAAGACACGAAGUGCAAUCGAGGAAGGCGUGGAGCAAUUGAUCGAUUUGGCAGCCUACAGGGCCGUAUUUGCUGACCUAAGAGAUAUCUUCUUGGAUGGGCUUUACGUUGGAGAUGCAUCGAGUGCAAGAAUACCUAGUGUUCUUGAACAGUUGGAAGUGAAAUUAGGAGAGAUUGCAGAAACUAGUGCAGAAAGAUUAAGGAACCGCAUUGCAGGUGCUCUUAUGAGGGCUUGUUUUGAUUGCUUUCUUCUAAUUCUUUUGGCGGGUGGUCCAACACGGGCAUUCAAAGAGGAGGACGCUGACGUGAUAAAGGAUGACAUGUACGCUUUGAAAGAGCUUUUUCUGGCUGAUGGCGAAGGCCUACCGGAGGCCGAAGUUGAACAGAUUGUGGCACCUGCUGCACAGGUUCUCACAUUGUUUGAAAUAUCUAGCAGCGAAUUGAUCCAGAUUUACUUGGCGUCUAUAACUCAAGGAGGCAAGAAGUCUUCUAAGACAGCCUCUAUACCGCCUACCACGGGGAAGUGGAGUGCAACAGACGCUAAUACUGUAUUAAGGGUUCUCUGCUACCGGUGCGAUGAAUCGGCAACCAAAUUUCUGAAAAAGACUUACCACUUAAAGAAGGCCGCACCUUGAUUUUUCUGCCUUAUAAUCACUUUGCUCUUGGCGACGUGAGUUGGUUGGCAGGAGCUCCACCUCGGCUCGUAAUGACCAAGAUCCUGCAGUCUAUGCAUUCAUAGACUUGAUGCGGAGGUAAAAGCAAGGUCAAUAUCUGAAAAAGAGCUUCAACUACACAUCCGUUGCGGGCCCCAAAUUUUACAGUCAAGUAAAACUUGAGUGGAUUUUGCCAUGGGCUAUUCGAGGAAACGGUCGGAAUGCAGUCUUUGUCGUCUUGAGAGAACGCCCUCUCGAUCUUGUAAUACAGGUUUGCUGCAAGAAGUGCGAGUCGCACACGUUUGACCGUAGUUAGCAUCUACAUAAAUGUCAAUUAUUACCACCUUUGUAUAAUUUUAGCUGUUGUGUAUAUGUAAAGUUUAAACUGUUGUGUAAUCAGAUGAACGCUAUGGGCCUUGGUAGUGUAACACUACAUUGGCACCAUUUUCCAGUGUUAAUAUACAGAUUGGAGCGGUACAGGGCACAAGCUUUCGGUAUACUUGUGCUUAUCUGCCAAAUAGAAGUCAAGGUUUCAUGACGCAGUGAUUUUUGAAGUGAAUGCAAAGAAAUGCACAGCUGAUCACAAGGUCA